UGUGCGUUUGCAUGUACUCAGGAUCUUCCUUUGCCUCUGAACAUUGUCUUCUUAAAAAGACCUGUUGUUAUUCACAGGAGGAGGAGCAACACUCUUCUCUUCAGACAUUCCUCGUGUGAUGCAUGGAGAGGACUCUACAGAAUGCCUCCAGAUUCAGCUUGCCUCUUUUUCCAGUGGCCAGGGAGACUAAGCAUGUUCUUCCUCACGGGUUCUUUGUAAUUCCCCUGGAUGGCAAUGAGAGCGAUGGCAACGAAAGUUGAAGUCAGCUCCGUCCUGACAUCCCUGACCAAUCGAAGUGAGCUUGUGAAUGAGGCGACACAUCAACAAACCUUUGCCAGCAAUCUUUCUGAUACAAGCAACAAGCCCAAUGAACAUCCAAGUUCUGUGUCCCCACAAAUUUCAGAAGGAAGGAGCACAUUUGGGAACCCUAUGAGGCCAGCCACAAUGCCUCCAGCUACUUCAAGGCCACGAUUAACUCCGAAGCCAUUCUCAAGGGAGAAGUCUUGGGACACUUUUGCAGUGGUGAAAGCUCCUGUCCCCACAGCCAAACCUGGCAAUGUCACCCACAAACCCUUUGCAUUUGCCAAAAACGUUGAAGACAAUGCGGCAGCAGGUGCUAAGGGAAUGCUCAGUGGAAGCAUUCCACCCUUGGUAGAGCAGAAAUUAAUCGAGAACAAAAGCACAAGUGAGUUAGUUGCAAAUAUGCCCUUUUAUUCCAGUCCCCAGGCUAAUACAGUAAUUCUUUUUGAAACCAGAAGUACUGAGGAAACAAGGAUGAAGUUAUCAUCUGAGAAAACAUACAGCACUUUACGGGCGCAGGAGAGGCAGCUUCCCCCAGAAUCAGAAAUGUCCUACAGAAGACCUGAAGGUGCUGCCAUUCACCGGCAACUUUCUGUUUCCUCAGAGUCCAAGCCUGUCUCCUGCAACCCUCACAGAUCUCUCGAAAGGAAAGAGUCCUUUUCAGGUGCUACUGAGGAAAGGCCUAAAAAUGUUGGAAAGCAGCAGAGCAGCACUAGUUUGGCUUGUGAGGAGCAGCCAAGGCCCAAACAGAGACCAGUGUCUGCCAUUUUUCUGGAAUCCUUAAAGGAUCAAAAGCAGUGUGGAUCUGAUGUUUCUGAUGAAAAACCUAAUCCUGAAAUGUCUUGGGUUAGGAAGCCUCGUCCACUAUCCAUGGAUCUUACAGCAAAAUUUGAAAUCCGAGACUUUUCAAUUCAAAGGAAAUCUUGCCCAUCUGAAAGCAAGGAGAGGAACCUCCUUACCAAUGAGGGCAGCAGCAGACCAUUUGAACUGAGGACCAAGAGUGAAGCAGAAGGGUUAAAUAGAGUGGAUCCUUCCAAGUCACAUUUGAAAAGUGCCACUCAGGUUGAAGACUGCCUGGGUAUUAAAAGUAUAACUACUGCUCAAAUCCAGAAGCCCUCUUCAAAUGAAGUUGGAUCCCUAGGCUGGAACACUCCAAAAGACUUGAAUCAAGUCUCUGCAAAGGACAGAAAAUACCUGUGGGAGAUGAGACUUAAAACCCAAGAGGAAGAAAAUGGGAGAGAAACAGAUAUUGCAGCAACUUCAGGAAAAAACACAGAGCCACCCCGUAGCGAAGGGCAGUCUGGCAAAGAGAGGAUGGCACCAAACCACAAGGGAACUUGUGCCUUUAGUGAAAACUCUGCAAAUGUUUCAGACACCAAAAACAAAACCUUGAGGGAAGGCAGUAUUAAAAAAGCUGUGAAUUUACCAGAUGCAUUUGCAAGCUGCGCACCUCCAGUGAAUGCUGAAUCCUUCCCAGAAAGUCCUGGGAAAGAAAGCAAAAUUAUGAACAUCCAGCAGAGGAUCAAAGAACUGACUGCUGAAAAUACAGAGACCAAGCCAGGAAACCUGCGCCAGUCAUUCCGCUCUCGGCCUCUUUCUGCAGACUUGACCAAACUGUUUUCCAACCCUGUGACUUCUGGUGAAACGAAGCCUGAGCGACAGUCUGAAUCAAACAUGAAGCCUGUUAGUCAAAUGCCAGAUAUUCAGGAGGAUGAGGCACAUUUCCUGCAUGCAACAGAUUCUAGAGAAGUCCAUUCGGCUGGAACUCCCUGGAAGCCACAGCAGCCCUUAAAAAUCCCACACAGAGAUGGGCACCUUGAGAGAGAUGGUAGUUUUGCCAUAAAGAGCCAAAAUGUCACUCUGCAGGGUGAAAGUCCUGCUUUGGUCACAGAUCAUGACAUGAAAACACUUUUCAAGCCUCCUAUAGAAAAUGUGUGCAUUAAAACUGUCAGAGCAACCAUGUUUGAGCACAAUGUGCAGAGGCACCACAUAGCUGCUGAUCACUUUGAAGCUGAGUCUACAUUGCAGGCAAUGAAUGAGCUUGUUGAAGGGGAGCUAGGAUUUGGCAAGGAGUCAUGGCUAGAAAAAGCUCGGGAGGCUAAAAUGAACCCAAAUAAAGUGUCCUGCAAGCAGGCUAAUAUAUCAGCAGAUGCUGGAAAACAAAAAAAUGCAAACAUUUCAAAUGAAGACAAAGUUCCUCAGGCAUCAGAGAUAUACACCGCAAAAGACAAGUAUGAAAAACCCACUGCAAAGCAUGUGGAGGACUCAUUCAUGUACCAAAGGAUAGAGCCAAGAUAUGAAAUUCUACAGACAGUUGGCAAAAGGGUGCAAAGCGAGGCAAUUGCAGUUGUGCCUGAGGAUAAGGCUGUAACCCUGCGCAGCAGCAGAUUUUUGAAAGAGAGGAGAAAAACGGAUGGGAGUGCUGUGGAUGCUUCUUGGACCCGUAGCCCUGACAUGAAGGGUGAUGGCUGGAAGGAUGACUCUUUCCUUUUCAAAGAGAGAGACGCAGAGGAAAUUUCAACAAAGGUAACUGCUCUGAAAGAAGUUUGUGCUUCCCAAAGCCAAUAUGUUUCCCACAAGCAAGGAGCUGAGUUGGAUAAAAAUCUGAGUGGACAGCAGCAUGAAACUCUGAUAGCUUCAUACUUCACUAAUAGAGAGAAGGAUUUGGGGAAAACAGAUGACACAGUCUCUAAGCUGUCUUCAGGGACAGAAAAAAGAAAAAGUGAUGCUGUUCUUGUUGGUAAGAUGGAGAGUUUCAAAAUGCUGAAAUGCUUCCCAGAGAGUUUUGAAGCAGGUCCAGACAGGACAGAUGGCUGUGAAGCCAGAGCAAAUGGUGGUCAGAACAUUUCUUCACCCAUUACCAGUAAGCAGGAUAGCCAGCCUUCUCUGUGUGGGAUGACCCAUUACCAGUGGCAAAAGCUCAGCAGCAAGUGUCCCCACCCAGAGGCAGACCCUACAAUAUCUUACAAGCAGGAAGAAGAAUCUAAAGCAUUUGGAUUAAUGACAUGCCCAAUGGCAUACAGUGCCCAAGAAGAACGGAAUGUUUUAGAGCAUAAAGCUGAAGUACACCAACACCAACAGCUCAGUGGAGAAGAGAUGGUCAGGAGAAGUGGCCGUCAUGUUUCUGGUCCAAAAGCUUCAGAAAGAUGGCGAAGGAAGACCUUGCCUCAUGAUGCUGUCCAGUUUGAGAAAGUUGGGCUGCUGGCUCAGGAGAGUGGCAAAGCCCCAAGCAGACGGGACUCCUUGCAACUUCAUGACAAAUUGAUUGCAAAGAGAAACACAAAACCCAGGUAUGGAGCAGAGCCACAGGAUGGGAGCUUGGUCUCUCCCAGCAGUCCAGACAAUGAUCUUAAGAAUCAGCUCUCUCCUUCAGAGCCGAAGGCAACAUAUUUUGCUGUUACUUACCAGAUCCCUGAUGAAAACACAAAUAUCUCUGGAAAACUACUUUAUCCUCUCAGAAGCAAACACAUUUCUUCACUAGCCAAAGAUGCUUCAGUUACUCCCAAUACUAGUACUUCUAGAAGAUCCUAUCCCCCAAAUUACCAAUAUAGUAAAAGAUUUACAGAUGCACAUGUCUCUCUGGACAGGCAUCUUAAAAAGAACUGGAUUGAAGGGGGAGAAGGUAGUACCUCAGAUCUUCCAAAGAAAGGAACAUUUAAACAUACACUAACUGAGACCAGAGAUGGGAACUUGAUGGCUCUGGAGAAGCGACUAGAUGAUGCUAAGGCAAGGGCUACAGAAGUAGAUCCCCUGCAUCUAGCAGAGCCGGGGUCUCUCUUCUAUUUCAGACCUCUUCACUGGGACAGUGAGCAUUUAGGGCAAAAGAAGUGUAGCAACCACAGCCACAGUAUGGCCAAAGGUAAGGCCUCUGAUUAUUACAGGUCGAAAGUUCUUGACAUUGAUGCACUGAUGGCCCAAUAUGAAGGAGAUUCUAAGAAGGACUCUGUGGCUCUGGGCAAGAAAGAGGGUGGUCUUCCUGAAGAUAGCAGCUCAUUUCCUUGGGAGAGAUUGGCACAUAAAAGGAAUUCUUCAGGAAGCACUAGGCAGGAUAUUUACGCCACAGAAUUAUGCAUAAGAGAGAGAGAGCUGUUGAGGAACUGUGACCAGCAGCUGAAUCCCUCCAAGGCCAGAGAUGUAAAUUUCAGCCCUCCUUUCUGGGCAAGGGCAGUUGCAGAAAAACCAAAGUAUUCACCUGCAGCAGAUCCAGUCAGCACUAGGAAAAAAACAUUCAUUGUUGAUGAUGAUCAAGGAGAGGACCUCGUGUUAAGGCACCAAAGUGCAAAAUAUGCUUAUUACAAUUCACAGGUCUCCAGUACGGAUGUGGAACUGGAGACAAGCUUUGUCCUUCACCCCCCACAGGUGCUCAGUGACAGAGCCUUGGGGAAGGAUGUGAGCCUGAAGCAACUGUCAGCUGUGCAUUCAGAGGGCAACUGGAGCACCAGUGUUGACACGAGUGGGGCUGAUAAGAAGCAAGCUGGUGCAGGUGGAAGUUCUCUGGAGAAUGACAGUUCUGCAGUCAAGAGCAGAGCCAAAUGGAGUAGUACCACAUCUGGUUUGGCCUGUGACCUACCAGACUUAAAGCGUUCAUACUCUGAAAAGAGUCGCCAGUCCAGAGCAAGGGGAAGUUUACCCUCUGGGCCAGAAACAAGAGGAAGACAAGACCAAAACAGAGUAUGUCAAAGCUUCCCACCAGAAUCUACGGACAGCCAGCUGAACCAACAACGCACAUCUCAGCGGGACUCUUUCCUCCAUGAAAGGACAAAGAAGGACGUUGACAAAGAAUGGACCAAGCAGGACCGUGAUGGCUUAGGAGCAAGAAACUCUCCCUACCUUCCUCUACAGCAGAGGAGCCACAGUUUUUACAAAGACAAAAGGACUGACCACUGGGCAGCGGAUCAGCUGAAGCAGUGCUUUGGCAGGCCAGCUGCAGAAGCCAAGGACACCGACACACUUGUGCAAGAGACGGACAGUCAGUAUGGCACCUGGAGCGACCAGCGGCCCAGUGUGGACAGCUUUGUGCCAGAGUCCCCUUCCUCAGAAAGCAACGUGGCUUCAGCCCGGAAACAGCUCCCCAGCAGCCAGUUCUCGUCCUUCUCCUCUCAAACAGAUCCUGCCUCUGCAACCGACCAGCACGACUCCUCCAGGGACCACAGGAGCACCAGUCUAGACCGCUUCAGCACAGACGUAGAAUCUGCGGAUGGGGUUAAGGCCCCUGCGCCUGCAGGGACUGACCCAGACUUCUCCUUCCUGGAGCAAACUCCUGUGCUGGACUCCAGUGUCUUGAAAACCCGCGUGCAGCUCAGCAAAAGGAGGCGCCAGCACCGAGCCCCAAUUUCCCACUCGCUCAGAAGAAGCACCGGGGGAGACACUGAGCAGCGGCUCUCUGUGACAGAAGAGGCAGACAGCACAUGUUUGUUCAAGGACUCCACAGGAGAAAACUCAGCCAAGAAAGAAGACUCUGGUGAGGAAGGACACCCACAGCCAUCAGAGAGGUCGCCCGUCUCUCAGCUGCAGAGGCUCCCUGUCUUUCCAGGGAUGGACCACUCAGCCCUCAAGGCUCAACUCAGGAAAAGACAUGAACCAGGUGGAACAGGAGAAGGCAGCCCCGUGCAGUUGUCCAAGUCACCAAAAUUCCCUUUUCAGGCUGGAGUUCCUGGUGGCAGAGUUCUGCCUGUUGGCACGGAGAAAGAAGAGAGGUCGGAGGAGCCGUCUCCACAGUGGCUGAAGGAGCUGAAGUCCAAGAAGAGGCAGAGCCAAUACGAGAACCAAGUGUGACGACCAAGGUCUGGAGGUGGCGGCAGUGGCGGUGAUGGGGUGGAAGUCCAGAUGACUUGGAAGACAGAAGAAGCCUUAACUUGCUCACGCCCCUCUCCCCUGCUGCUGCUGCUGCUGCUGCUGCUGUUGCUGUUGCUUCCCACCCUGACUGCUGUGUGCGCAGUGCCUUUCCAUCUGGUGUGAAGAGUUUCUCCAUAGUCCUUGGUGGGCCUGAUGUGGGAAGCUGUCCGACUCCUCAGGAUACAUUCCGCCCCUCCGCAGCUGUGGCUGUUGUGGUCUCCUAGUUUUGCUGCAGAGCUGCCCCCCCCCACUCCUGCUACCGGGGGGGGGUGCUGUGCCUUCUGGCUGGGGAAUUGGGCACAUCAACCUGCUCUGUGUUGGCCUAUGAACAAUGAACAAAGAGAUGAACUUAUGGCCUGGUCUCUUGCGAAAAGACUUGUUCCUGUCUGAGGAUGGGAAGUGGAGAGAGGAAGAAACACAUUAGGUUUACUGCCAUAUUGAAAAAGGAAACUUGACUGAUUAUUUUUAAAGAAAAUUUUGAUUGGCUGGUAUUAACUUUGUGGAUCAUCUGUUCCACCAAGACAAUGUGAUAUCUUUUUAGGAUCAAAGGAGAUUUUAUCAUUUGAGAUUGUAUGUGCGUGUGUUUUGUCAGCGCACAGAGUAAUGACCAUCCCGUUUCUAGAGGGAUAAAGCAAUAACAGCAGACAGUCCUCAUUAAAAUAGUUGUAAAUAAUCUGAAGGGUGGUUCCCCCCCCCCCCUCAUUAUUUACUGAAAGAAGAAGGGAAGUCUCACCUUGCCAGUAUCAGGGCUGCAUAGGAACCCCGCUGGGUUCUGUUGCUGGAUGUUUUAAUUUUUUUCUUUCUGUAAAUAAAGGGGUAAAUAAAUAGUUUAUAUUCCUCUGAUUAUUUCA